AUGUCUUCCACCAACGUUCUCGGCGCCAAGGACGUCAACGCUCCUAUCGCCCAGCAGCCCUUGGGCGGCAAGCCCGAUGUUAAGAGCAUGGAGUACCAUCGCCAAGUGCUGCAGUCCAAGAUGGCGGAGGCCCAGAGCAAGCAGUACAUUUCGCCGUCCGACAACAUCAUGAGCCCCUGCACCGCCAAGCUCAACGCUUUCCGCAACAAGCAGGUUGGCAAGGUCAAGCCCAAGUCACUGUUCGCCCAGGCCUCAGCUAAGAAACUCGAGGGUGAGGCUCUGUUCGGUGCCAAGGGCUCCGGCGCGCAGUCCUGA